GCUAUAUUUAAUUCGUUGUUAUUAGCAGCUAUUUAGAGAUCAAUGGAAAGCGUUUAGAGGCCAAAAUAUGGAACAAUUGGAGUUCUUUACUCGGAAUGUGGAUGUGUUCUUGGCAAAUAACAUCACUGGAGUUUGUGACUUCAAGCUCGUUGAAGCAGGUUUCUUUGCACGAACUUGGGUUGUUAACAUCGCUGAAUCUGACAUUGUUGUUGCCCAGAUAAAGCACAAGUUGGGUAGAUUUUUUACAAGAGAAAAGUUCAUAGUUACAAUAUGUCCAAACAUUGAUUACGCGUUCAUAAUGGCUCUAACUGUGACAUUUGAUGACUACAUUAGGAGGAAGAAGGGGAGGAGGAGAAGGAGAAGAACAUAA